AAUAGAUGGGUCCUUGUUCAUCUCAAUAAAGAAAACCUGGCAAAUACUUAGAUGGAGGGUAAAAGCCUGGACCUAAUGCAAAACCCGAUGAGUUUAAAGUUGGACCAGACAUAUUUAUAACACUGAAAUAGGGUUCCAUUAGUAAUUUUUAUAAAAUUGAGAAAAGUCUUGGAAGCGGUAUUAGACUAAAAAUAAAAUUUUAGGAGCAUUCGGAGAAGUACGAUUAGUUAUUCAUAAGAGUUCAGGAUGUAGAAGGGCAAUGAAACAAAUAAGGAAAGAUAAAAUUAUUAAGGAUGAUGAGGAAAGUAUGUUCUCUGAAGUCAAUACACUGAAGGAGUUAGAUCAUCCUAAUAUUGUUAAACUUCAUGAGCUAUUUUAGGAUUAAAAGAAUUAUUAUCUUAUUACAGAGUAUUAGUGGUUAUAAUAUUAGAUUUUUAGAAGGAGGAGAAUUAUUUGAAAAGAUUACAGAAAUGAAAUUUUUUACAGAGAAAAUGGCUGCUGAUAUUAUGAAGCAAAUAUUAGGUGGAGUUGUCCAUUGUCAUGAGAAAAAAAUAGUUCAUAGAGAUUUAAAACCAGAAAAUAUACUUUUCGAAAACAAGAAACCAAACUCAAAUUUGAAAAUCAUUGAUUUUGGAACAUCCAAAAAGGUUGAAAACAAUCAAAAUUUAACUAAAAGAUUAGGAACUGUAUUAUUAAAUUAUAUAACUUUACAUUAGCCAUAUUAUAUUGCUCCAGAAGUUUUGAAAAGAAAUUAUAAUGAAAAAUGUGAUGUAUGGAGUUGUGGUGUUAUAUUAUAUAUAAUGUUAUGUGGUUAUCCACCUUUUGGAGGACCCGAUUAAGAGAUUUUAUAAAAUAUAGAAAUAGGAAAAUAUGAAUUUGAUCGUAAUUAUUGUUAAAUUAUAUGGAUAGCCGAGGAUUGGUGCAAAAUUUCAGAUGAAGCAAAAAAUUUGAUUAAAAAAAUGCUUACUAAAGAUUACACUUUGAGAAUCUCAGCUUAAGAAGCUUUCAAUGAUCCAUGGAUUUAAAAGAAUGCUCCUAAUGCUCCUAUAGACUUCAAGGCAAUAAAUAAUUUGNUAUCUAGUCUAUUUAUAUACAUUGAUAUUUUUAAGAUCUUUAACUUAUUUUCAAAUCAUUUUAGAAGAGCUUGGAAUUAUUUCCUAUGUAUUUUGAUUAGAUCUUGGAUUCUAUGA